UUUACGUCUUUCCCCCGAAGCCUCCUGGGAGUUGUAGGCCUGGGUGGACGAGGCUUCUGAAAAGCGAGUAAACUCGGCGGAUUUGGCUUCGCGUUGGUCCUGAGUUUGUGCGUCUGACUCGCCUCUCUUGAGGGUCAAGAACUGAUUUAGUGAUCUAAAUGGAUGCAAUACUGAAUUACAGGUUGGAAGAUAACGAAGAUUACUACAUGCUCCUAGGAUGUGAUGAACUGUCUUCGGUUGAACAAAUUCUGGCAGAAUUUAAGGUCAGAGCCCUGGAAUGUCACCCUGACAAGCAUCCUGAAAACACCAAAGCAGUGGAGACAUUUCAGAAACUGCAGAAAGCAAAAGAGAUUUUGACUAAUGAAGAGAGUCGAGCCCGCUAUGACCACUGGCGAAGGAGCCAGAUAGCGAUGCCAUUCCAGCAGUGGGAAGCUUUGAGUGACUCUGUGAAAACGUCAAUGCACUGGGCUGUCAGAGGUAAAAAAGAUCUGAUGCUGGAAGGAACUGACCAGACUCAUACCAACAAGGCUGAAAAUGAGGAACGGAAUGAGCAAAGAAAAAUAAAGAAGGAGGAGCUGGGUUCAACCACAGAGAAAGUGGAGCAAAAAGAAUCUGAGUCCUUGGAGAAUACAUUCUCCCCCCAGAAUCCAAAUUCUUCAAAUUUUUCAGAUAUGAAUUAUUGGCACCUUCGUUUCCGCUGGUCUGGGGAUGCUCCUUCAGAACUCCUGAGGAAAUUCAGAAACUAUGAAAUAUGAAAUGUCCCUUCUCCGUCGGAGAGAGAGCGAGUGAGCAAGGCAACCAUCCCCUGUGCAGCCUUUGUUCAUAUCUUUAAAAUGUCAUGUUUAUAUGUCAUGUCUGGGAAUCGCUGUGUACUGAUUGAUUCCUCCAUCCUUGAACUCAUUCUCACAAUGUGUUUUUUAAAUGAAGAAAAUUCCAAAAGACAAGUUUCUUUUAAUAUUUGAAUAAAUUAGGGCUCUUAGAUCCAGAGUGGAUUGUAUUAUGUUAUUUCAUGUUAUUUAUAGAAAUCUAUUUUAAAAAUUGAUCUCUGUACUUAAAUAUUUAAUUGCUAUAUGAUGAUCUCUACUAGUGGAUGUACAAGAAAUGUUUUCUGACUCUGGACUUAAAAUGAAGUAUGAAAUUACUUGUCUUACCCCUAUAGAAUGAAAUAAAUAAUUUUCCCAAAGUUCAUAAUAAAUAUAUAAUUCAACUGUAUUUUGAAAAUAAUUUGAGUAGGUAUUUCUACUUUAAUUUUAAUAAUUGUAAAUUAAAAAAAUUAUUUGAGCAAGUGUGAUGCUACUAGAUUUCUUUUGUUAUGUAGCAAGUGAUUAGAAAUUUAUUUUCUUAGUUUGAAAGCUAGAAAUCCAAGAUCAAGGUGUCUACAGGUUUGGUUUCUUCCGAGGCCUCUCUCCUUGGUUUGUAGGUGGCUGCUUUCUCCCUGUGUCCUCACGUGGCCUUUUUCUGUGUAUGUACAGCCCUGGUGCUUCUAUACUUCUUGUAAGAACAUCAGUCAUAUUGGGUGAGGGCCCUACCCUAACAGCCUCCUGUUAACUUAAUCAACACUUUAAAAACAUUAUCUUCAAAUUAGAUUACAUUCUGAGGUACUGGGAGUUGGGGACUUCAAUAUAUGAAUUUUGGAGGAACACAGCUAAGUUCAUAAUACAGUUGAAAACCUUUUUUUUAAACAAAUACAAUCCCAUAUUGGUUCCCUUAAUUUUAUUUGAAUUUUUAUUGUUUUGUCAAAACUGUUUAGAGAAGUAUUUAUAUGAGUAUCUUACCACUUCAGUAAAAUGUGAUUUGGCAUUGUUACUACAUCUGCAAAUUUUACUUAAAAAAGAAAACAAAUAAAAAAAUAUAGCAUGUUAA